GCGGCCGCGCCCGCAUUGAAGCGCGAGAGAUCUCUUACAGCGACUCCUUGUUGUCAGCUUGUAAGAGCCCAAGCGUUGACUCGAGUCAAAUUAGUAUUUUCCCCCUUGGAGAAAAGUUUGAAAGAAAACAACUGAAAAAAUGCGUGAGUGCAUCAGUAUCCACGUUGGCCAGGCUGGAGUGCAGAUUGGAAAUGCCUGCUGGGAGCUCUACUGCUUGGAACACGGCAUCCAGCCUGAUGGGCAGAUGCCCAGUGACAAGACCAUCGGAGGUGGAGAUGAUUCCUUCAACACCUUCUUCAGUGAGACAGGAGCAGGAAAGCAUGUUCCACGAGCUGUGUUUGUGGACUUGGAACCAACUGUGAUAGAUGAGGUUCGUACUGGUACUUAUCGCCAGCUGUUCCACCCUGAACAGCUCAUCACUGGCAAGGAGGAUGCAGCCAAUAACUAUGCCCGUGGUCAUUACACAAUUGGCAAGGAGAUCAUUGACCUGGUUCUGGACCGAAUCCGUAAACUAGCUGACCAAUGCACAGGUCUCCAGGGUUUCCUGGUCUUCCACAGCUUUGGUGGGGGUACUGGAUCUGGUUUUACAUCCCUGCUGAUGGAACGUCUCUCUGUUGACUAUGGCAAGAAAUCCAAGCUUGAAUUCUCCAUCUACCCAGCUCCACAGGUGUCUACCGCAGUGGUAGAGCCCUACAACUCUAUCUUAACCACCCACACCACCCUGGAGCACUCUGAUUGUGCUUUCAUGGUUGACAAUGAAGCCAUCUAUGACAUCUGCCGACGAAACCUAGACAUUGAACGGCCAACUUACACCAACCUGAACCGUCUCAUCAGCCAGAUAGUGUCCUCUAUCACUGCUUCCCUCCGCUUUGAUGGUGCCCUGAAUGUUGAUCUGACUGAGUUCCAGACCAACUUGGUGCCAUAUCCCCGUAUCCACUUCCCAUUGGCCACCUAUGCACCAGUUAUCUCAGCUGAGAAAGCCUAUCACGAGCAGCUGACAGUAGCAGAGAUAACCAAUGCUUGCUUUGAGCCAGCCAAUCAGAUGGUCAAAUGUGACCCUCGCCAUGGCAAGUACAUGGCCUGCUGUCUCCUUUACCGUGGUGAUGUGGUGCCAAAAGAUGUCAAUGCAGCUAUUGCUACUAUUAAAACUAAACGUACCAUCCAGUUUGUGGAUUGGUGUCCAACUGGUUUCAAGGUUGGUAUCAACUACCAGCCUCCCACUGUGGUACCUGGAGGUGACCUGGCCAAGGUUCAGCGGGCUGUGUGUAUGCUGAGCAACACUACAGCUGUUGCUGAAGCUUGGGCUCGCCUGGACCACAAAUUUGACCUGAUGUAUGCUAAGCGUGCCUUUGUUCACUGGUAUGUUGGUGAGGGUAUGGAGGAGGGAGAAUUCUCAGAGGCCCGUGAGGACAUGGCUGCUCUGGAGAAAGAUUAUGAAGAAGUUGGUGCUGAUAGUGCCGAGGGUGAAGAGGAAGGAGAGGAGUAUUAAAUUCUAAAGUUUAAUGUUGUCUUGUUUGCUCCCUUUUAUUUGUAUUCUAAUUCUGUGCCUUACUUCUCUCCUGUGAAACAUCUGUUAAUAAAAACUCGAUUUUUCUGACGUGA